UCCACAAAGAAAGCAUCUUCAAUCUUUGGAUUGAUUGCUAAGGUUCGUUUUUUAUUUGCCUUUUAUUCGUUUCUCUGACAUCGGUGUUGUGAAAUUUUGGUUGCUCUCUCUCUGCAAUCGGGCUUUAUCGCCCAUUGAGCGUUCAAAUCCAUGGUCGUCAGUUUUCAAUGGACCCCUUCCCAGUGCGCACCACUCCUCCAAUUGAACAAGAAGACGAGUGGGACACUGAUGGAUUUGUGAUUCCAAGUUUGGGAAUUGGAGACUCGGAUCGAAGUAAACCUUUUGUACCCGAGAUAGAAUCUUCAAAUUCUUGUGCAAAGUCUAAGAAGGAAGAAAACAUCUAUUUGGGCCCGCACGGAGCGCCUCCUUCACAAUCAAAACAGCAAGAGCUAAAUUCAUCGAACCGGAAGCAGCGGUUGAAGCAAAAAUUGAAAGAAGCUGAUAUGAGAAUUAGUGGGACGGGUAGGGAGAAUAAAGUUGAUAAUCUGAGGGAGCUUGUGGGCGGUGGAAAAAAAAGUGUCAACAUGGCAGAGGGAUCCCCCAAGGACUGGUUAGAUCCACAUUGCCAUGAAUCUCAGUUUGAGAGGAGGUAAUGCAUGCGUUGGAGAUUUUGGUUUCAUUCAGCUAUUUUUUCUUGGAGAACGUCCACUUUAGCCCUUUUUGUUAUAUCGUUUGAUGCAUCUCUUGAAACCCCCGUUUCCGACGUUAUGUACUC